AGGACUCGCUCUCCAUUAUAUCCCUGAGAGAUAAUAUGUAAUAUAUUCCACCGUGACGUCUCCGUUAUCUAAUAACUAGUCGCGGCCGGCAGACUGUAGACUUUCCGCCCUCCUGACCCUCCUCUUCCUCACGAGCCUUCCCUCAGCACUUCCCGAGUGCCCACACAGACAGUCGGGGGAUCCGGCCUGGAUCAUGCACCCGGCAGCGCGCCUUCUGGAGGCCGUGAGGAGGAGCAGUCUGGGGGCGCAGCGUGGAGCCUCCCCCCUCACCUCCUACUUCUCCCACACAGCAACAGAUUCCGCCAAUAUACGGCCAUUAGAUGGAGUUAAAGUCCUCGACUUGACAAGAGUCUUGGCUGGACCUUUCGCUACAAUGAUUCUUGGGGAUCUUGGAGCUGAAGUUAUAAAAGUAGAAAAACCCGGGUCUGGAGAUGAUACAAGGGCGUGGGGGCCACCCUUUGUUGGAAGUGAAAGUGCCUACUUUCUUAGCGUGAAUAGAAAUAAAAAGAGUAUAGCUGUCAACAUGAAGGAUCCCAAAGGAACCAAGAUUAUUAAACAGCUAGCACAAGCCUGUGAUGUUCUCAUAGAAAAUUACAUUCCUGGAAAGCUAGCUGAAAUGGGGCUAGGUUAUGAAGAUCUGAUGAAAACAGCCCCUCAUAUUAUAUACUGCUCUAUCACAGGUUAUGGCCAGACUGGACCUUUGUUUAAAAGAGCAGGAUAUGAUGCUGUAGCAUGUGCAAUGUCUGGACUGAUGCAUAUAACAGGACCUGAGGAUGGAGAUCCUGUCCGUCCUGGUGUCGCUAUGACUGACCUUGCAACAGGACUAUUUGCUCAUGGAGCCAUUAUGGCUGGUUUACUGCAAAGGGCUAAAACAGGGAAAGGAAUGCACAUUGACUGCAACCUACUUUCCUCACAGGUUGCGUGCUUGACUCACAUAGCUGCAAACUUCCUUAACAGAGGCAUUGAAGCAAAACGUUGGGGGACAGCGCAUGGAAGCAUUGUGCCAUAUCAGUCAUUUAAAGCAAAGGAUGGUUACCUUGUAAUUGGGGCAGGCAACGAUCAACAGUUCUCUACUGUUUGCAGGAUUACAGAUCUUUCUGAACUCAUAAAUGAUCCCCGAUUCAAGACUAAUAAACUUAGAGUGCAGCACAGAAAAGAACUUCUUCAAGUUUUAACAUCACGGUUCUCAGAAAAAACAACCGCUGAGUGGCUUGAGCUCUUUGAAGGAAGUGGCAUCCCAUAUGGGCCGAUCAACAGUAUAAAGCAAGUAUUUUCUGAACCCCAGGAGAUUGGCAGCACAGCCUUCUGCCCACUGGUUGUGUCAUGGGUCCUCAGCACUCCAUCUAUGGAUCUCUCCAUCUUCACAGAGGAACUCUUUAAAAAAUCAGUAUACACGCCUGGGUGUGGUUGCCUACAAUGGCCUUAUUCUCGAAAUGGAUCAUCCAAAUGCGGGGAAGAUAUCAGUGCCAGGUCCUGCAGUACGGUUCAACAAUUUCAACAUAUCUGAACCUAAGCCACCUCCGGUCAUUGGACAGCACACAGUGGAGGUCUUGAAAAGCAUACUGGGAUAUGAAGACAACUAUAUUGUUGAACUGAUAAAAGACAAGACAAUAUCUCAGAAUGAGGUUCAAUGAUCAUAAACCUGACAAAGUCAAAA